AAUAAUAAUAAUUAAUAAUAAUAAUUAAUGAGGGUGACGGGGGGUGGCACCGCCCGCGCCCCCAAUGCACUAAAACUGCACCUGCUGGCCUGGGGGACAGCGGGGACACGGCGGGGACACGGCCCGGCCCUGAUUGUCACCGUGCCACCGCGGCCCCGGCAGACGGGGCCACCCCGGGCCUUGUCCCCAGUGUCACAUCGCGGUGUCACAUCCCCGGGCCGUGUCCCCGGUGUCACAGACAAGUGUCACAUCCUUGGUGUCACAUCCCCGGGCUGCGUCCCCAGUGCCAUAUCCUUGGUGUCACAUCCUUGGUGUCACAUCCCGGUGUCACUUCCCUGGUGUCACAUCACGGUGUCACUUCCCUGGUGUCACAUCACGGUGUCACAUCCUUGGUGUCACAUCCCGGUGUCACUUCCCUGGUGUAACAUCCUUGGUGUCACAUCCCCGGGCCGUGUCCCCAGUGCCAUAUCCUUGGUGUCACAUCCUUGGUGUCACAUGCCGGUGUCACUUCCCUGGUGUCACAUCCCCGGGACUGGGCCCUGUGAUGUCACACCCAUGACGUGCCCGUGUCCCCGGGCCACCACUCCGUGUCCUUCAGCGCCAUGUCCCCAUUGUCACAGCCUUGGGACAUCUCUGUCCUGUGCCAUUCCCAUGUCACAGCCUUGGGACAUCUCUGUUCUGUGUCACUUCCCGGUGCCACCUCUGUCCCUGUGUCACUUUCUGAUGCCAUCCCUGUGCCACAUUCUGGUGCCAUCUCUGCCCUGUGUCACAUCCCGGUGUCCCUGUGUCACUUCCUGGUGCCACCUCCGUCCUGUGCCAUCCCGGUGCCAUCUCUGUUCUGUGUCACAUCCCUGUGCCAUCCCUGUGUCACUUCCUGGUGCCACCUCCGUCCUGUGCCAUCCCGGUGCCAUCUCCGUCCUGUGUCCCUGUGUCACGUUCCGGUGCCAUCCCCGUGUCACAUCCUGGUGCAAUCCUCGUGUCACAUCCUGGUGCCAUCCCCAUGUCACAUCCUGGUGCCAUCCCUGUGUCACGUUCCAGUGCCAUCCCUGUGUCACAUCCUGGUGCCAUCCCUGUGUCACGUUCCGGUGCCAUUUCUGUGCCAUCCUUCUAUGUCCCCUCGCUGUCACAUUCCCGUGCUGGCUCUCCACGCUGUCCCCUGUCCCCCGUGCCACGUUCCUGUGCCAUCUCUGUGUCCCCGAGUGCCGUCUUCGUGUCAUGUCCCCACGUCCUGGUGCCACCUCCGUGUCCCCUCAAUGUCCCCUCGGGGCCGAGUGUCACAUCCCCAGGCCCCGGCGUCACCCCUGUGUCACAUCCCCCAGCCAUGCCCAUGUCCCUGGGCCACCUCCCAGAGUGUCACCUCUGAGUGUCACAUCCCGGAGUGUCACACCCUCGGUGCCACCUCCCCGUCCUGUCCCCAGCCCUGUCCCCACAUGGGACCCUGUGGGAAACUGA